ACUGUCUGGGCUGGAAUGCCAACACGCCCGGUGGACGGGCGGGGAGGGGUUGCAGGAGGGCGAUUGUAUUUUUAACGGUGGCGCACGGAAGCGUCAGCCGUGCAUUGGAUCCUAACGCUGUCCAUGGUUGCCUCGGCAAUCCAAUGUCCACUUCACCCCUCCAGUCCCGUCCAAGUGGAGCACACCUCGAACUGUUAUUGGGUUUGACCGAGCGUAGCCUCCGCUGCCCCCAGUGCAGAGGGACCCCCCUGUGACCCGGUGAGCCCAACCCCCCCCCCCCCCCAACGGUGAAGCCAUCCUCAUCAUCCGGUGUCUCGAAGGAAGACCGAGAGAGAGAGCGAGUGCGACAGAGAGAAAGACUUUUCGUGGUCCCUCGCUCUACAUGCCUCACCACAGUCCGUGAAGACUGAACCAGAAAGCUGAGCGGGUGUCACCUGGUGGAGGAAGAGGAGGAGGAGGUGGAGGAGGAAGGUCAUGGACUCCCUGGACGACCGUCUCCCGGAGACCCGGGCGGAGCGCAUCGCCCGCUACAAGGCGGAGCGGCGGCGGGAGCUGGCCGAGCGCUUCGGAAGCACGGAGGAGCUGCCCUCCAAGUGGGGGAGGAGGGAGGGGGAGGACUCCGCCGCCGGGACGACCGGCGCCAUCAACGGCAGGGCGCGGGACGUUGCCAACGGUUACCAGGAGGCUGCGGCGGAAGGGUCUGCGUGCCUGAGGAGCAGCCAAGAUGGCGGUCCGAGCGCCGCCUCCCUCGACCUGGCGGUCAAACCGGGCGCCGACGGCGGGGGGGGUCGCCGCCGCACCCGCCGCUACCUCCCCGGCGCGUCCGGGGGCGGGCGCAAGACCGGCGAGCGUUUCAGGACCCAGCCCAUCACGGCCAAUGAGAUGCAGGAGAGCAGUGGGCUGCUGGAGGCGGAGGAAGAGGAGAACCCCAAAGCUGAUGUGAAGACGGAUGACAGAGCCAAGAUGAGUGUAGCAGCCAAGAUGUCUUUAUUUAAAGAGCUGGAGAAGACGGCCGCCCCCGAGUCCUCGGCCUUCCUGAAGCCGCGCUCCGGGAGCCUCUGUCUGGAGCGCAGGGCUCGCCAUGGCAACGAGAACCGCUCCCUCACCCAGCCGAUCACCUGCGAGGAGAUGGUGGCCAUCAGAUCACAACCUGCCCCUCCGGCCCCAGACCUGCAGGCCUCAGAACCUGAGGAGGAGGCCGACGAGAGCUGCCGGCUCAGUGUGAGCCAGAAGCUGGCCCUCUUCAACAACCUCUCCCUGCCCGGCAUGAGCAGCAGCAGCAGCAGCAGCCAGGGGCCCCGGCCCCCACUGGGGGCCCCCCCAGAGAGGAGGAGGCAGAAGGGGGCCCGUUAUCGCACGCAGCCCAUCACUGUGGAGGAGGUCAGCAUGCUCCAGAAGGGCCCGGUGCAGCUCCCGGCGUUCUGCCUGGCGCCCCACCUCUCGGACCGACAGCAGGCCCUGUCCGUCAACCUCAAGCCCAGCGAGCUGCGCCUCUCCACUCCCGACGUGCGGCCCGCCAGCCCCCCGGAGCCCGGCGCCGCCGGCCCCCUCCCGCCGGCCCGCACCGGCCUGUCCCGCUCCGAGUCGGAGCCCGCCAUCAGGGGCAUCCUGAAGAAGAGCCGCUCGGCCGCGGGCGCGGCGUGGAGACCGGGCAUGGCGGUGGCGGGGGGGCCGGGGCAGAACGGCGGUGGCGGUGGCGUGGAGGACCCCGGUGAAGGCCGGCAGGUGGAGGAGGAGAAGAAGAAGGUGGAGGUGGUGGAGGUGGAGAGGCAGGCAGCACCGGUGCCGGUGCUCCCUCCGAGGAGGCAGAGGAACCGAGGCUCGGCCGCACCCUGGCGCCAGAGGGCUCCCGCCGCUGACACGCAGGUCGGCGCCGGGCCGUCUGAGAAACCCCCCACGGACCCCCGAGGCCUCCCCCAGGAGGAGAAGAGCCAGCAGGACGAGGCUGGCCCCGCCUGUCUCUCCUCCAGACCCAGCGCCGCUGGGGGACCCAGGGAGGGGGCUGAGGAAGAGCGACUGCGUAACGAGAGGCCACACCCACCCGGCGGUCGUGUCCGGGUCACCCUGGCUGAGGGCGGCACCCUGACGCAGCAGACGGAGUCCCCCGCCGACACCAAGGAUGAGAAUGACAACUGCACCCUUCACCAAGACACAGUGGACCAUCUCUGCUGGGACCCAGUCUUUGCCUCUGUGUAUUCUAGCAGACCACCUCAGUAUGUCAUGUGUUUCAACCAGUCUAACCGUUCCUUCGAGGCACAGGAAGUGACCUCGCCUGCCCGGGUCCAGCCCCAGUGGAGGAAGAAGGCGCAGGGUAAAACCCUGGAGGGCGAGCCCCCCCCUCAGAGAGAGGAGGAGGUGGUGGAGGAGGUGGUGGCGAAAGGGGUGGUGGUGGAGGAGGAGGAGCAGCAGAGUGCGUCCGCCCGUCCGGACACAGAAGAGCCAGCGAGCGCCGGGGAGAGCGUAGCCUGGACUCCGAUGGCUGCGGCCGCACGCAUGGCCCAGAGAGGUCUCGGCUCUCCGGAACCAGACAAACACGACGCCUUAGAGAGCAAGAGGCCGUCUGCCACGACCUGUCCCUCGGAAGACCUGUGGGGUCCGGGCCCCUCCCAAACCGGGGGCCCCCAGGAGGAGGCGGAGGGGGCGUUGCCCCCGGCCGCCCCCCGGGAGACGGACGGCUGUUUCUACGGCGACCUCUCCUCCCCGCCCGCCGCCUGCGUCCCGGCGCCCCCAGAGGGGGGGGGGUCCGCCACGGAGCCCCAGCCGGACCUGGGGGUCUUCUGCCAGACCAGCACGGCCAUCCUCAGCUCGGCGGUGACGGAGCACCGGCGCGCGGUGCGGCCGUCACGGCGCUCCCAGGGCUCCAGGAACCCCCUGAGGGCGCUGGCCGCCCGGGCCGACGUCAACCAGGACCACAUGGGGGACCACGGCGACCCCAACGGGACCCCCGACGAGAGCGCCGCCGCGACGGCCCAGAAGAAGGCUAACAACUCCCACUCGCGCCAGAACAGCAAAGAGAAGGUGGUUUCCUCCAAUGAUGUCAUCGACACCAACCACGCGCCCUUCAAGAGCCUCAUGCUCCUUCAAAUUAAAGGCAGGAAGCAGGUCCAGACCCGGCUGGUGCAGCCCACUGCCGGCUCCCUGAACAGCGGAGACUGCUUCCUGCUGGUCACCAAGGAGAACUGCACCCUGUGGAGCGGAGCGCUCGCCAACGCUGCCGAGAAGGCCAAGGCUGUGGAGCUGUCCGCCUACGUCCAGAGCCACGGGGACCUGGGCUGCCGGGCCCCCCAGUCCCUACACCUGGAGGAGGGGGUCAACGCCGACAGCAGCCUGGCGGCAGACUUCUGGAGCCUUCUGGGGGGAAGGGGACAGUACAGAGGGGCGGGGCCUCCGGAGGAGGACGAGCAGUAUGAGCGGGGCGUGGUGGAGUCCAACUGCGUCUACGGGCUGCAGGACAACAGGCUGGUGCCCCAGGACCAGGCGUGGGCCGCCGUACCCAGCGUGGCCCUGCUGGGCCCCGCCCAGGCGCUGGUGUUUGACUUCGGCAGCGAGGUCUACCUGUGGCACGGGACGGACGUGUCCAUCGCCGACAGGAAGGUGGCGCUGCACCUGGCCGAGCAGGUGUGGGGCGGAGCCUAUGACUACAGCAACUGCAGCGUCAACCCGCUGGACCCCUCCCACAGCUGCCCCAGCAUCCAGCUGCGGGGCGAGGGGCGGCCCAGCUGGGCUCUGUUUGGGGUAAUCUCCCAGCACCGUGAGACGGCCCUCUUCAGGGAGAAGUUCCUGGACUGGCCCAGUGGGGCUGCCUGCCCAGAGGAGCCCAGGCCACCACUGGAGGGCCCAGCGCAGUCAUCUGCAGGCCUGACGGCGACGACCACGGCGACAACACCGGCAGAGGACACCUUGUGCCCCUGCGAUGCCAAGGCCCUUCUGAUGGGACAGGGGUCCCCCCGGGACUCCCAGACCGGGCCCCAUGGGGCCGUCCCUCUGGACGGAGGACGACAGGCGGAGCUGGAGACGGUUGCCGUGGAGACGUGGCUGGUCCAGGAGGGGGACGACGGCGGGGUUCCCGUGGAGAGCGACGGGCAGCUCCACGAGGGGGAGACGUACGUCGUGCGCUGGACGUACACCGCAGGUAAGGGCAGCAGCCCAGAGGACACGAACAGGAAGGAGAAGACUGUCUACUUCCUGUGGCAUGGACGCCACUCCCCCAUCAGUGGGCGGAGUCCCGCCUCCUUCCUCUCCAUUGGGCGGAGGAGUGAGGAAGACUCCCAGGUGGUGGUGCCCCAGGGUCAGGAGCCCCCCUGCUUCCUGCAGCUGUUCGGCGGGGGUCUGGUCACUCACAGGGGGAGGCGGGACCCCCAGCCACCCCCCCCAGCCGCGUGGAGGAUGUUCUGCGUGCGAGGGCAGCGCCCGGACGAGGCCUCCCUGCUAGAGGUGGACUGCUGCUGCUCAGGGCUCCGCUCAAGAGGCGCUGUAGUUCUCCUCAACGGCCAGCAGGGGUCGCUGUUCCUGUGGCACGGCGGUAAAGCGCACGCCAGCUCCCGCGAAGCGGCCAAGAGAGCUGUGGAUCGCCUCAAUCAAAGCAGCCUAAAGGUCCUUGUGGUAGAGGAGGGAUCAGAACCUGCUGAGUUCUGGACGGCCCUCGGAGGGCAAGACCGGAAGGCCUACGACUGCAUGCUACAAGACCCUGGGAAGUACAACUUCACGCCGCGGCUCUUCCACCUGAGCGUCCACGACGGCGCCUUCCAGGGGGAGGAGCUUCAGAGCCCCGCCCGCCUGCCGGGGGUCACCAUGGCAAUGCCGUUCGUCCAGGAGAGCCUGUCUUCUGCCCUGCGGCCGGCCUGGUUCCUGCUGGACAACCGCCUGGAGGUGUACCUGUGGCAGAGUGGCCCCGCGGCGGACCCUGGGAGCGCCGCCCCGGCCUGUAGCCGCGGGGCUAACGCACGGCGCUGCGCCAUGCAGACCGUGCUGCAGUACUGCAGAGAGUUGAACCCCAGGCGCCCCCCCAUGGCCUACCUCAUCUCCGAGGGAACGGAGCCCCUCACCUUCACCAACGUCUUCCCCCACUGGGAGAGGAGGCCCAGCACACAGGGGGACACGGGGCCCGCCAAGCUGGUCCUGGUGCAGGACGCGCUGGCCCAGCUCCCCACGGCCCCCCACGCCGCCGGGGGCUUGGUGCCCGACGGGACGGACCCCCAGCCCCAGGAGGUCUUCCUGCCCGACCACGACUUCCAGGCCGUGACGGAGGUGGAGCCUGAGGACGACUCGCUGGCCGCCCGGACGCAGGAAGACGUCCAGAAGAGCAAAGAGCUGCUCGUGUAGGAAGGCCUCCAGAAGUGACUGUGACUCCCCAGCAGGGCUCUACAUUUGGCAUAUAAGGGAGAGGUGUAUGCUAGGACGAUAACCUGCCUUGGCCCAAUGGACUGCUUCGCCCCCCAUCACCAAAGAAUACGGAUUAUCUAUGUCAUCUGAGAGUCAGAGAUUACCCGAUUUUUGUAUUUUCUUUUUCUUUCGGAGACAACCAUUGUGUGCACAUGUUUUCGGUGGCUGUGUGUGUGUGUGUGUGUGUGUGUGUGUUGGUGUUUGUGUGUGUGAGUUCAUGUGUGAGUCCUAUAUAAGUUUGGCACCUAAAAGGCCUUAAUGUGUUGAGAGCCAACCGCUCUUCCAGUGUUUCACAGACCGACUUUUUUCUUCUUCUGCCUGAGUUCUGUCCGGGUGAAUGGGCUUCCUAACCGACAUGGUGUUCUGAAGAGCAAUUAUUUAAAAUGGCAGCAACAAAGAUCAUAGUCCAAAUAGAUUUUCUUAAGAAAGUUACAUUUAUCUGUACAAAUCAAUGAGAAAAGACAAUUCAGGUGGGGGAGAGGGACAAAAUAAUGAUAUCAGUAACAAACUGAGCUGAGGACAUGACAGAAAAGAGUGCUUACAAAUAAAGAAAACGUUAAUGAAACUAAAUAAAAAUGGUGACCGCUUUAA